AUGGCACAUUUGGGUCCUGAGGCACUUGCCUUUGCUGAAGCUACGCUUUCCGCUGGAGCCCAACCAACCAAAGUGCGGGAGCUACUGCAAGACAAAUACGGCGCUAAUCUCAUUAGCAAAGACCUAGUUAACAUCAAACAAACAUUGACAGGAAAGUCAGAUAAUGAAUGGAUAGACACAGUCGAUUACAUGAUGGACCUACAGAAAGACAACAACGUCAUUAAAGUAUUGCACAACUCAGAUUGGGAGGUCGCCGCGAUUUUCGUUCAGUUGGAGAAGCAGGCUGGCUUUUCCCUUUACCACCUUUUGAUAGAGGACAAUAACGGUGAUGGACAGCCCGUCGCGAUGUUUUUUGUAAAGGAAGAAACGACAGAUUCCAUUUCCACGUGCCUGGAAGUUUUUUCAGAGAACAACGACAUCUCCGUCACCAAAGUUACCGUGACUGAUAAUGACUGUGCGGAGAUUGCCGCUCUUGCAAAGUAUUUCCCAACAGCAACACACAUCCUAUGCCAAUUUCACGUUUUGAAGGCUAUCGACGCGAAGCUAAACAAAAUAAAGAAUAUCAGAAAACAAAACAAAAACGAAAUUCAAGAAUAUUUUCGUUCAGCUCUCUUUGCGGCAACGCAAGAGGAAUUUGAUGCAUCUCAUGAGCAUUUAAUGCGUCAAGAUGGGUGUGUUGCAGCUUAUUUUCGCGACAAUUGGUUCAAUGUCAUCGAUAAGUGGGCAUCUCUGGCGCGUCGUAAUCUUCAGACGUUUGGCAAUAACACCACAAAUCGCCUGGAACGCUUCCACCAUACCAUUAAAGACGUCCUGCAGAAAACGAAACGACUUCCAGAGGUUUUAAGGACGUUUGUGAACAUAGUUUUGCUCCGUCUCAGUGACAGGCAAGUAAAACAAAACAUGUGGGAGCUCAGGUUUUCCACAAAAUCAAAGCAUCCCUUGCUUCAAAACUAUGCCAAAUCCAUAUCACCGUAUGCUUGGACUAAAGUGGAAGGAGAAAUGAAGAUAAUGAAGAAAACUUAUGAUUUCUUUCUCGAUGAGGAAUUGUCGAUCUACAGCAUUGCGUCUCGCAACACAACUUACCAGUUGAAACGCGAUUUGACCGGCUGUACGUGCCAAUUCUUCAUGUCGUUUGGUCUUCCAUGUCGACAUACAAUCUUCUUUCAUAUCAAAGACCACAUUGAAAUCCCUGCUGGAUAAUUUUUGGGACAUUGGCGGAAUCAAUGUUUAGAAAAUGAUGUGAUCGUUCCGACAGUUGUGACAGCUCCAACUGGAUUACAUCGAACGAAGCAGGCCGUCCAUCCAAACACUGAUAAGGACCAGUUUAAUGAAGCGAUGACCUUCUUUAAGAAACUGGGUGACACAAUGAGCGUUUUGCCAAAGCCUAACUUCAUUCAAAAAAUGAAUUUCUUCCAAGAGAUUCAUUCUUUGAUUAAAAAUGAUAAGCCGCAGCAGAUAAUGAGGACAAAUGAUGCUUCCGCUGAGAGCCUUUCUUUGAGUUCCAAAGUGUUAUUAAAUCCUGGAUUUACAGCUGUUGAGGUACCACCUUCUUUGGCAAAAGAGGGUGCAUCUGCUGACGAAGAACAAACUUUGCUGUGUUCUACAGAGAAAAAGGUAACAGAAAUUAAUACAUAA